UAUAAGAGCAUUGAUUUUGCUAUACUUUUUAAUUGAAGUUUCGAUUUAUUUAUUUUUACUACAAAUUGUAAAAAUGAAGUACUUUCUAACUUUGUCCGUUUUAAUUGUUUUUGUUCAACUAACAAAGCAAGCCGCACUCGAGAAUAGGAUCGUUAAUGGCGAGAAGGUAUCGAUAAAUAAAUAUCCGUACCAGGUAUUCGUUUUGAAUGACAGACAAGGCUGUGGCGGAUCUAUCAUAUCAAAGAAAUGUAUCCUUACUGCUGGUCAUUGUGUAAUAAAACCAGAUAAAUAUAGCGAAAAAACAUGGGUAAAACAACGCCCCGAGGAAAUUUCUAUUACCCCAGGAAAGUCAACGAUUGAUCAUAUUAAUUCGGAUAUUUUAGUUGAAAAGAUUAACUUACAUCCAAAUUUCAAAGCUACAUGUGCUUUUAUCAACGGAGUGCCAUCAGUAUCAGAUAUGAAAAAUGAUAUCGCAAUUAUAGUUCUUAAAGAUCAAUUGGAAUAUUCCAAGAAAAUUAAUAAAAUCAGUUUGCCACCUCAAGGUGAAUCUGAAUCUUUGUUAUACGGUAAGACCGCUAUAGCAACUGGAUAUGGUAUGAUGUCUAACAACGAACGUACUGAAGAUUUACAUGCUGUCAAGCUUACAAUUCCUGAUGCAGACAUAUUGUGUGAUGAUAGUGAAAAUAUUUGUCUACCUAAACAGGAUAACCAAAGGGGAAUUUGUGCUGGUGACUCUGGUGGACCUUUAGUUAUUAAUGGAGUACAAUAUGGAAUUACAUCCGGUAGAAUAUAUCAAGAGGAUAAACCAUUGUGUCAAUUUUCAACAGGAUUUACUUUUGUUAAUCUCAUACACUACAGACAAUGGAUAUCCGAAAAUUCCAAUGUCGAUGAAGAAUAAAUCGAAGAAAUUUUAUUUAAAUGGUAUAUGCUAAAUGCUAAGUAAUUUUGGAAAAUAAAUAAUGUUUCUGAAAAUA